AUGCAUCUCGUCCGGGUCGACCAGGAUCUGCUCCAUGGAGCAAACCACUCGCCGAACCCCGCCAUGACCUCCCCGGGGAAGCUUCGGCACCUCUCGCUCGCCGACUUGCCCAUGGAGAUUAUUGCCGCCAUCUGCCGGAACCUGUGCAUGCACUGUCGCCUUGCCCACGUUGUCGACCUCCCAGCCGGCGCCGUGGCCACUUGCCUGGAGGAGCAGCAGGCCCUUUCACGGCUGAGCCGGACCUCACGGCGUUUUCGCCUCACUGCCCAGCCCAUUCUCUUCCACUUCUACCACACGGGAAUCCAACCGGACCCGAGCAGUCCAGAGUGGUGGGGUGACGCUGUUGCCCGGAACCGCGAGAUUGAGACGCUGGAAUCGUUUCUGCGCACUCUUCUAGAGCGACCCGACCUGGCCAAGCUCGUGCGCGCCCUUGCCUUUUUUGCUUUGAGAACUGUCCGCGCCCGCGAUGUUCCUCCCGCGACUCAGGUCCUCUUCCGGCAGGCCGGUGAGCGGGCUGGGUUUCAGGCGUUGCCGACAUAUGAUCAUGUCGAGUCCAAGUGGCUCCAGGAAGCCACCAUCAUGGCUGCGCCGUUCCUCGAGCAGCUCCUCAUCUACCGAUCAUCCCAAGAAGGACUCCACUACUUGAGAGAUUCUCCGUUCUAUCUACCUCACCUGAAAUAUCUGGUACUUCCCGGGCAAGACAAGAAUCCCGACGAAUGCUGUCACAUCCAGGAGAUGCAAGACGUCCUAGCCAAGGCCCAGAAUCUAGAAGAGUUGGCAGCUAGCGAUUGCGACUGCGGGACCGAUAUCCCCCUUCGUGAACGCUUCCGAACAGAGCCGUGGAAUACUGCACUGUCCAGCCUCCGUCGGUUGUCGCUUCAUGGCCUCGACCCGGACAAUCUGGCCAAGAUCCUUCGUCGCAGUCCCGUUCUGGAAGAUCUAGAAUAUUUCUGUGACAUGGACAAGUAUACUAUCCUACAGCACGAUCACCUGGAACCUAUCAGAGACACGUUGCGGCGGAUUUGCUACACGACUACGACUUGGGAACACGCCCAGGGCACUUCAGAAGACGUGAUUGAAUUGGUGUCAGGUUUUCUGAGGUGGGACCAAACUCUACGGGGAGACAUGAACUUUUCCGACUUUCCGGAGCUUGAAAUUCUCGAAGUUGAACAGCUUUUACUCUAUGGGCCUGUGUUUGACUACCAAGAGCGAGAUCAACGGUUUGAAUCUCUCAAAGACGUGUGUCCUGAGUUAUUCAUGGCCAGUCUUCCUUCAUCGUUACGGAUAUUGCACAUUGGCAUGGUCCUAGCGUGGCAGGAACUACAUCGGGAUUUGAUGGGAAUGAUACAGAAACUAUUUCGGUUUCCAGAGUUGAGGUUAGUUGCAGUGGAUCCUUACGAACCUCCGCCUCCCAAGCAAGUCAAGGAACUCAAGGAUGCCUUUGCAGCCAAAGGUGUCACGUUUUGUCUGGGACAAACCACACAGACUCCAUUUUCGAGGGGUAUGCUCGGCGUAAGGCCAGGUCACUCCGAGCCAUCCAACACAGAUUUGUGUUUUCGCCUUCAACAUGUACAAUAG